AUGUUUAAUAAACAAUUUGAAGAAAAUGAAAAAAUUUGGUUAGUAUCUGACUAACAUAAAUGGAUAUUUUAGUAAGAAUAAAAUAAAAUAUGUAAUAUUGAUGGAUAAGAGAAGGUAUUUAGUAGAAUUCUUUAGUUACAUUUGAUAAACCAUGAUCAAGUUAAUGUAGAAUUAAUAGAAACAAUCAAAAGCAAUGCUAAAUUCUUUAGAAAUCUUUAAUCUCUUGUUAUAUGCUUUGAUGGUAUGAGCAACUUGUAGGAAGAUGAGUAAAUUAUUAGCAAUCUUUUUUCUGUGCUUUAGAUAUUUAAAAACCUUGAGGAAAUAAUUAUUAGCUUGAAUAAAGUCUAGUUAAAUUCUUCCAUCAUUAAUGCAUUAGGAUAACUUAUUGCAAAGUAGGCCUAUGCAAAAUACUUAACCCUUCACUAUUGUGAAAGCAAUAUAACGUCUUAACUACAGAAAGAUUUAUUAAAUUACUUAGUUCCUUUACAGAAUUAAUUGGAGUCUAUUUCAUUAGAUAUUUCAAGCAAUUAAGUUAACUAAGAAGGAGCAAAAUUAAUUGGUUAAUUUGUCAAGUAGUGCUCUAAGUUAAGACUGUUUUAACUAAUAGCAGCUAGAAAUUCAUUAAAUGCUAAAAGCGCUAAUUUACUAACAAAAGCACUUUAUUAUUGCACAAACCUCACUCACAUUGAAAUAGAUAUCUCAUUUAAUCUGCUAAUUGAUAAUCUAGAAGUAGUAUCAAUAGGAUAGAUAUUUAGCAGUUCCUAAAAUUUGGAAUGUUUUAAAAUAAAUCUCAACCACAUUCAUUUGCAAGACGAUAUUCUAAAAAAGCUCUAGUAAUAUAUUACCUCUUAUUUGAAGAAAAUUCAUACUAUUUCGUUGUAAAUGAAUGAUAAUAGCUUCUCUCCAGAUAGAAUUUAUCAGUUUGCUUAUGCAUUAUCUGAGUGUAAAACUCUUAAGAACAUAGAUUUGAUAUUUAAAAAUAACACAUAAUACUAUACUUUUAUUGUACUUUACUCUAUUUUUAAAAAUAAUACAAUCGAUCCAAAUAAUCUAACAGCUUUUAGUGAUUAAAUCACUUUAUCAAAAUUAGUGUAGAAUGAAACUUUAAAUCUAAAUUUUACUCAUAGUGAAUUUGGAGAAAAUGGAUCUGCCCUAUUAAAAGUUGCAUUACCACCGAUUUAAAAGUUAAAAUCAUUCACUUUAAAUUUAUGCGAAACUCAUAUUGGAAACAAGGCAAUGGUGGACAUAUGUUUAUCAUUAAAGAUGGACUUCUUAUAUUUGUAAGUUUUAAAAUUUGACUUUAGUCACAACUACAUAGGCUAUUAAGGUAUUAAUUAAUUAUGCUAGGUAUUGUUGAAUUGUGUAAAUACAAAGAGCCUUUCGCUAUCUUUUGAAAAAGUUGGUCUUUUUGAUAAUGAGAUAUCUCCUUUAAUAUAUCUUUUACCUAAGCUCGUUAAAUUAUAGCAUUUGUAUUUAAAUUUAAAGGAUAAUCCUAAGCUAUCCUUAAGCAUGCUUUUAAAGAUCAUAUUACAGAUUAAGAAUCAUAAGCAAAUGAGGUAUGUAGAUUUGCAGUACUACUGUGCACUAAGAUAAAUAAAUUUAUUUGAUCUUUAACAAAAAAAAUAGAUAAGUAAAGUAUUAAUGAAACUACUUAGAUUGGUAACUUUCACCAAUAAGUGA